AUGGAGGGAAAGGAGGAAAAGCAGCAACAGCAUAAAAUAGAAGAUGCUGGUAUAGUGUAUGUAACUGAAAAAAAAGAAGAAAUCAAACAUGAAAAAAAACCUGGAAAAAGCAUACAACAUUCAAAACCAUGUGUCAGGAGAGGACGUGCAUGUUAUGCUAAAUUCAUUAACACAAAUGCAAGAACAUACAAUGAGCCAGUUCCCUACAUAGAUCCCAAAAAAGGGCCAGAAAAGCAGGGUGACUGGUGGUCACAUGAGAAAGUACUGGAACAUACCUUCCAACCACCUUAUGACACUAAGAGCACCCAGAGGAGUGACUUCCAAAAACCAAUAUGUCCACUGAUUUUGCCAGUCAAACACAGCAGGAUGCAAAAGCCUUCUUGUGGAAUAGUUCCACUUGCCUCUCCUGAUGUAUCAGUGCAUCCUCAAAACAAUUUUAUAGAAUGCAUCUCCUUUAUGCAUCAAUAUGAUGCCAGGAAAACUCCCAAUGAGCCCAUCCGGGGGAAGAGACAUGGAGCUUUUGUGCAGAGAGAGAUAAAACCAGGGAGUAGACCGAUAGUUCCUAAGGGAACUGAAGUAUUACCGAAUGCUCCAGGGUCAUGCUCAUCAGAACAGUCCAAAAAAACAGAGAAAGGAAAUUCAGCGGAAAGCAAAAUGAUCUCACCAGGUCUCUGCCAACAAAAUUCCCAAGAGCUGUUAGAGACUAAAACUCACUUAUCAGAAACAGACGUCAGACAGGCAGCCAAGGCAUGCCCCAGAAAUCCUGAGGGAAGGGAGAAGACUGCAGGCGUCUUUCCAACAACUGUGGGAGAUGCUCGUCUCACCAGGCAUGAGCCUUUAAACCCACCAAUAAAAAAUCAGGAUAAAUCAAGAUAAAUUACCUUCUUCAGAUAAAAACAUAAUCUCUGGAAUGUAAAAAAAUUUCAUAAUCAUCAUACAGGCCCUC